AUGCUUGGGGAUCUGUCCAAGUCCCAAACAUAUAAAACUCAAGAUCAGCACAAAAAAAAAAAACCCACGCUCCGCUCAAAGAUGGCAACAGUCCCUCUUGCUUUAUUUUGA